GUCUCACUACCUAAUUAAUAGGGGAAUGGCCCACGCACAUCGCUGAACGACUCGAGUGAAUAUCUUGAUCUUGGUCGCCGACUUCAAAUUUUCAGUACCACUUAGCUACUACAUACGUACCUGGUCUACAGCGGUUUAGAGUUCACCCAUGCGGGGCGACGAUAGGGUUGACGAUGUCAUAACAAAUUCACCACACAAAUUUCUUGCUUUGGUUCUCGCAUUAAAAAAGGAGCAGGACCACCCAGGGAGAUACAAAAGUCAUUUCCUAGAAAAUAAACGAGAACAAACAACAGUCCUUCUCAAAGAUAGUUUUGAUCAUCACACACCCGCAUUUCCGCAUCAUCACGCAUUCAGUCUCGUUUCGUUAGUCAAAUUCUUCAAAACCCAAGUUCAAACUCACAUCAUUCUGAAUUAAUUAUUCUAUCUACGACAAUGGCAAACACGGCAGUAGACACAACAGACUUUGUGUCCAUCGACAGAGCCCCAGAGCUUCCCGUCCAAGUUUUAGCAGGACGAUCUCUCGACCUCGAAACAUUCGAGUAUGUACAAUCUAAGCAACGCAAGGAUCUCCGAGACCUGGGAACCCAAUUCUAUAACUUCGGUGUUGCCAUUGUCCAUAUCACCGAGCGCCAUCUUAACCCCCAUGCCAAUUUUCAAUUCCUCUCAUUCAUUGAUACCAUCACGCGUUACGGCCUCAUGGUGACCACUCUUGCCGACAACCUAGCCGGACACGACUGCGAGUACCGCUUCAUCCACCUGAGCGACAUGCAGAAAACCAUCGAGAACAUUUGCCGCGCUUCCCGCCUCCUUGUCGAAGGCGCCUGGCGCACUAUCCGCAUCUCCGACCUGUUAACCAUUCGCGACUUCGUCCAUUCAUCCGUGUUCAUGAUUGUCGACGGCACUCAAGUCAACUUCGGCCCUUUCGCCGCUGAGGACCAGGAGAUCCCGCUCGCAAUCAUCGUUCACGUGCUUAAGGAGGAAAUGGAGCAAAUCGCGCCGAUUUGCACCGAGGCUGACGGAUUUUUUAUCGAAAUGCCCUUUGUGCGAGAGAUGCGGGAAGCACGCGAAGCUGACGAAGAAGUCUAUCUCGACGAUGGGCAGCAGGGGGAGGAAGUCGAUGAAUCUGACGAAAGCUUCUUUUAAGAAGAACGGCGGGAACUGCGCCAAGUGGAGGAACGAGAAGGAAUGGGCGGGUGGCAUGCUCUCGGAAGUUGGAAUCGGGUCCUGUACUCUUCCUGCCUAAAUGGCACGGACCUGAGGUCUAUACCCAGGUAUUUUAAUAGGGAACCCCAUCAAUUCGGUGCUAAAUGUGGAAUCUCCGCAUCUCCGGACCCAUGGUUUGCUAUGUGCUAUACUACUAGCAUCACAAAGUGACAGCUACAAUAGUGAGAACCCUUGCAU